AAGUUUGCACAAUACGCCAGUAUUAAUCACGACGCGACGUUUAAGUGCAUCAAAAUGAGUUACAAGGUCACAUUGCUAAUGCUGGUAUGUCUGGGAGCAAGUUUAACAGCCCAGAAGAUGCAGAAAAAGCGGCAAGUUGAUGGUAUUGUUUCAAAAGAAGACGACCAUGUACCUGCAGAAACAGGCUUCGGAAACCCAGCCGCCGCAGUGCAAACUGGAAGCAAAUUUUUCCAGGACAUUUAUGUGGCAAUGGAAAAGCCGAACGAACUAGAAUUUGGCCACGUCCGUGAAACCCCGAACGACUGGGAGCAACGAUUCGAAAAAAUCAAUUUGGAAAACUUGAAGCGACAAGGAAAGGUAAGAUGGGGUGAUAAGCAUGGAGGUUAUGGUGAACACUACUGGGAUUACAACCAUGCCGGACAUGGCCAUGACGGAGAUAGUGGGGAAAGUCAGUUGAACGAGGAGUAUGCUGCUUAUGAAGAUGAAUCCAAACAUGUCCCAGUUUCUGCUCGUCCAGAAAAUACCUUGAGAGAAAAAAGACAACCCGCCCUACUAGAAGAUGUUGAGUUCAUUAAUGACAAAGCUAAAUCUUCAAUAUUGGGGGGAAAAGUGCAAAAACAUGGAGGUAAUUAUAGAAGAGUCAAUGACUUUAGAGGAAAGCGAGAACAACAGAAAAGCUUUGGGAAAGCCUUAGUAUUCGAUCCUGAUUUGGGAGUCAUUGUUGAUCAGGACACUGGUGUUGAGUAUAAGUUGAGCCCGAUUAUUAAGUGAUUCUGAAUUCAGAUGUCAAGCUUUUCUCCAAAGAUUUUUGUAUUUUUUUAUUCGUAUUUAUACUAAAAUAAGACUUGCUUUUAUUCUGAGUCAUGUGGUGUUACUAAUAUAUUUUUGUUAUCUAGUUUUACCAAAUAUUUUUAAUAAUAAAGUUUUUAUACCGAG